GUAGAGAGAGGCAUUGUUAAGUGAAACAUGUGCUCAGCAGUUCAAAGGGAAAACAAAAAUUGAGAGUGGUGACAAUCAGCUUGUAAAACCAAUGAUCCUCAAAGCUUUGUGUAUUUUUCUGUUCCCAAUGUUAAGAUUGAUAUUUCUGGCCAGUUGGUUUAAACGAAGUUUAACUUGCUCUUACAGGCACUGCUAUAUCAUCACACUGUAGUAAAAUGGAAGUGUGGAAAACUGCAAAAUCCUUAUAUAAAAUCGUGUAUCACAGACGAGGGUUUUAUGUAUUUGUAGCACUUAGAGAAUCAGAGUUUCUUUGGACAUCCUGUAUUAUCCCCACAGUUUCAACUGGUGUAAAAAAUGUAGUACUGUAUUCGUAAAGUUUUUUGUUAGAUCUCAAGAGCAAGAUUGUUGUUGUAAAUGACAGUUAUUUCUUUAUGGGCACCAAUUAUUUAAUGGAUGCACUUCCAUGAUUAUUAUUAGCCCUUGGUGAUCGGGUGUUAAGUUUUUAAGUGGUCAAUUUGACCAAGUUUUCUUCACAUGUCUGUAGACACAGUAACAGGCGAAGACAGUUCACAGGGUGACCAUCCAGAUGUUGAACGAAGCGGGAUUGCAGCCCAAACUACUGAGCAAGACGUGAAGGACAUAAAUAGAGAACAGGAGCUGGAUCAAUAUGAAGAUCACGAUACUUGGUUGAAGAUGGUCAAACAGGACUAUCGUUCUUUCCGUCGCCUGCAGAAUGAGGAACAGACAGACCAAAAACGAAAGCGGCUGAAUCUGUUUGUAGCACGGUUCCAGGACCAGUUUCCUGCACGGUAUGCGUGUAAUGGCUGUCGUGUAAAACUGUCAGACAUCCGAUACCGCUGCCUUAACUGCAUUGAUGUUGACUUCUGUUCUGACUGUUACACGAAAAGGGUAAAAGCAGAAGGUCACACAGAAAAUCACGAAGUUAUUGAAAUGAGGUUAGUACUAGAAUAAACAGCUGUUUAGUUGUCUACACACUGGUAAUUUUUAACUUCUUAAAAAAAUGAUAAUAAUUAAUUUGAACAAUUCAUUGUGACAGAAUGUGCAAGGGAAGCCAUAAGUUUUACUUGAACACCUUAAAAUCUUUGUAUGUCACACCAUGUGCCAUAAUCUUUGUGUUCAGUUAUAGUUGCUUUCUAUUUAUGUUGUUUUUACCUAAAAGAAAUCAAACUAAGCUGCUUCAUUCACCUCGUCAACCUUCAGUUAAAAAAGUGCACCGCUUCAAAUAUUUAACCACCACGCGUACAAUAUAGCAGGCUUAAUAGGACACCCAAAUCAUCUUAACAGUAAGCAGACGUAAGUAGCAGACGUAAUUUGUAAAUUAGUGUAUUUGUGGUCAAAUUAUUGUCUUAAACUACACACUACCAGCUGAAGUGGACACCAAAAAUCCAAAAUUUAGACCCCUAAGCGAGAUGAUGAGCAUUCCUGUCUCUUUCAAAAGGCAGUUCCUCUCCACCCCAAGCUCACGGUAAUGUCACGCAAUACGCAGCUAAGAACUCGUAUUUCUGAUGUUUAAAGGAGUUCGGUUACGCGGUGAGACUAUUUAAGGUUAUUUACUUUGUAAUCAUAUCUGUCAAAAUUCAAUUAUUUGUCAAUGCCACCCAAAAAGAAACAUAUCGCACAGUGGGAUAUGAUUUACAACAUAAGGUGACGGACCAUUAUGUUU